AUGGCUUCGCCUGCAGAACCCGUCCAUCCACCUACUCCUCCACCAGAAGCGACGCAACCUACAAACAGUGCAACACACACCCAGUCGCAAUCGCAGCAGUUAACAGCGACACAAGACCCAGCAGCCCGGGUUGAGGCACUGCUCAGUGAACCUCUCACCUCCCUUCACGACGAUGGCACAUCCAAGCGACCACGAGACCACCGACUAAUACAUCUCCUGCUCGCACAAUAUGGCAUCUCAGCAUACCAGGAGCGAGUACCCCUACAACUCAUGGAUUUCGCAUACAGAUACACUUCUGCCGUCCUCAGUGACGCCAAGCACAUCCAAGAUGAAGGUUACGAUCAAGCCAACGCCGAGGCCGCAGCUGCAGCAGGCAAAGGGCGCGGACGUGCAAACAAAACCAACGACGACGGGGACAUUAGCAUGGCAAGUUUGAGGAUGUCCGUUUCUAGCAGGCUGGGCUAUCAAUUCUCGUCAAGUCUGCCAAAGGAGUUCUUGAAACAGCUUGCGGACGAGAAGAACAGGACGACGCUUGCGACUUCUGUCAAUAAUACAGAGAAUGCUGGUCCAUCGAUUGGUGGUGUACGUCUGCCUCACGAAAGGCACUGCCUUACUGGUAGGGGUUGGGGCCUAAAAGACGAGUGGGAGAGCGAGGGUGAGGAGAGUGUGGAGGAGAACGGCGUUACACAGACAUCAGCGACGGAUGGUAUGCAGAUCGACGAAGAGGAGGGCAUGGAAGAGGACGAGGAAGGAGUUGGGAGGAUGGAAGACGUUUUUGGCGAGGAAGGAGGUGGUGAUGGUGAUACUGAGAUGCAGACGUGA